AUGAGAAAAAUAGAACCCAACAUACUCCAUAGGUACCAUCUUGUCCUGCAAGAAACCAACGAGGAGCGGCGGACUGUGGUUAACAACCUUGCCAGUGUGUUCACCACGGCUGCCAACCACCUGUCCAUUGUGGAGAAAUUCUUGGAGGAUCAACACAAGCGAGUAGACAGGGUGUACACGGAAGCCUUCCGGGAGGAUGAGGUGGACAUUCAGAAGUUGAAGGACAUGAUGGAGAGCUUCAUCACUAAAGCAAACAGCUUGUAGUGCCGCGCGUUACUAUAAAAGCUGCCACGAGCUCUCUAACUCUUUACUUGGUUAUUCAAUUAAUUCCAUUGGAACAAUCCCAGCGGGCAAAACUUGGUUUAAUGACGUUGUUACAACAGAAACUAGU